GGGGAAGACGAGAUCUUGGACAAGGGACUCCCACAUCUGUCCCCUCUGGCUGGCUGAGGAAGGGUGCCAUGGGGCCUCUCCAUCUGUCUCUCCUGCUGCUGAUCACAGAGUUGUCCCAAGCCCUCAACACAACGGUGCUGCAGGGUGUGGCUGGCCAGUCCCUGCAGGUAUCGUGUACUUACGACUCCUUGAAGCACUGGGGGAGACGCAAGGCCUGGUGUCGCCAGCUGGCUGAGGAGGGCCCGUGCCAACGUGUGGUGAGCACACACAGUGUGUGGCUGCUGGCCUUCCUGAGGAAACGGAAUGGGAGUACAGUCAUCACGGAUGACACCCUGGCUGGAACUGUCACUGUCACUCUGCGAAACCUCCAAGCCGAUGACGCGGGUCUCUACCAGUGUCAGAGCCUCCGAGGCCGAGGCCGAGAAGCUGAUGUCCUCCAGAAGGUCCUGGUGGAGGUGCUGGCAGACCCUCUUGACGACCAAGAUGCUGGAGAUCUCUGGGUCCCUGAGGAAUCGGAGAGUUUUGAGGGUGCCCAAGUAGAACACAGCACCUCCAGGAGCCAAUCACAAGAGACCUCCUUCCCACCCACGUCCAUUCUUCUCCUCCUGGCCUGUGUCCUCUUCAGCAAGCUUCUUACAGCCAGCAUCCUCUGGGCUGUGGCCAGGGGCAAGCAGAAGCUGGGGUCACCUGUGGCCAGUGGGCUGGACUGCGGACACGAUGCUGGGCACCAGCUUCAGAUCCUGACUGGACCCAGAGAUGCAUGAGCGAACUCCAAGAUGGAGGAGAAGCCCAGCUCAAGUCCACCCACAAGUCAUCCAGCUUGCAUACUCUCCCCUCUGCCACCAAGACUUCUGCUUCUUCUGGUUUGGCUUCAGAGGUCCCGUCUGCCUAAAGCCCGCCUCUUCAGGAUGCAGGAAUACUCGUGCUAAAGCCUGUCGUCUCUUCUGGAAGCAGGAAUACUCCUGUGUUUGUGCGCGUUGAGUGCAGAAGAGAGCUGGAAGGUCACCUGUCAGCUUCUGGGCUUUGGCCAUUAAACACUCUCACACACCAACCCAGGACUAUCCACUCUUUCUAGAUGGUUCUGUGCCUAUAAUGGUCUUCUGUUUCUCAGUGCUGGGAUUAAAUUCAUGGCCUUGUUCAUGCUAGGCAUGAGCUUACCACUGAGAUAAUUCCCAGGGUAGGAUUAUGCAUCUGGAUGAGAAAAGGAAAAGGGGUACCUUGCUUUGUAGGGAAGAGAUAUCUGCCCUUAGCCCCUACCCAGGGUCCUCUGAGAAAUGCUUCCCAGGAGUAAGGGAAAGUGAAAGUUCUCUAUAAUAACUUCACACACACGGGCCAAUGCUCUUCAUUCUGUGUGCUCUUUAUUGUUGUGUUCUUUGUGUCUUCCAUCUUUAUUCUCCUCUACAUUUGUAUUCUACAUCUUUUUUCUACAUCUUUAUUCUACAUCUAUACUCUAUUACAUCUCUGUUCUGAGACCCAUUACAAAUUCUCAAGCAUAAAAACUACAAGGCAAACUUUCAGGGAUGAGCAUUCUGAUAAAAGUCACACUUGGCAAAGACUUGGUCAGCUUAAUUGGUGACUGACACCUGUAGGUUGUGAAAGUUCUGGCUAUCUCUUAAAGGGAUAGCUACAAGGGUUACAAGGGAAGGAACUGAACCAAUGAGAGAUCUAAGGAAGAGGCAAAUAAUAUGUGUGCUAUUUUGUGUGAUUAAUAAUAUCUGGGGGACUGGAGAGAUGGCUCAGGGGUUAAGAGCACUGCUGCUCUUCCAGAGGUCCUGAGUUCAAUUCCCAGCAACCACAUGGUGACUCACAACCAUCUUUAAUGAGAUCCAGUUCCGUCUUCUAGCCUGCUGGGAUACAUGCAGGCAGAACAUUGUAUAAAUAAUAAAUAAAUAAAUCUUUAAAAAAAUAAUAUCUGGACGUGGUUAGUCAGUUAACAGCCUUUUUCUGUUAAUUAUCUGAAUCUCAGGGCCUAUACAUAGUCUACUGAGCUUAAAUUCUUGCGUUAAAAACUGGUGUAGAAAUAAAUACAAAGUGUUAAUUGUUAUUUGAAUCAGAUUGGGGAGGUGCCGGUGGAGGAAGCUUAGGGCAACAUAGGUGCUAUUGAUCUCUUGAAGGACUAAGAUAUACCAAGGCCAGACACCUGCACUGUAACUUCUGGUUCACUAUAAUUCUUAUGAAGGUUUUGAUCCAACAAGGCCAGGCACCUGCAAUUCCUCUCUGUGAAAGUUCCACGAGAUCACUUUGUCUGGCCAGUUUGCCUUCUCAGUGGCUAAGGAUGGAGAGUAAGACCUCUAAGUGUCUACAGUCCACACAGAACAAUAGACCUAGUUAUGAAGCAUACUUUAGUAUGUUUCUGUUAAUAAAAAUUGUACAGUUAAGUAAGAAACCAUUUUCUUGACCAUCCACAAUUAUGUGUGCCCAUAAGAUAAGAUGUAAUCAAGAGAUUACAUGUACACAUUACGUGGAAAUGCAUGAUAAAUGGGGAGACAGCAUAGCUGUUCUUAGGGAAGAAAUGCAGUUCUUAGGGAAGAAAUGAAGUGGCACAUGAGAGAAACACAGACAAGGAGCAACUGGUCAUUCAUAGUCAGUAACCUCACG